AUGGAACGGCCAUCUACACCACCUCGGGCAACAAAGCCUGCACCCACAAUCACUCCGCCGACCCCGGAAGUUACGAAGCGCAUAGAAGAGAACCGACUGCGUGCAAAGGCGAUCCGAGACCAGCGUGAAGCCGAACAACGAGCGACCGGCACCGCACCCGAAAUCCCCAAGAGCUCUGGAGGCUUCGUGCCAACAAAAGAUGUGUACAUCUCUAAAACUGCCGACGGAAAGCGACCGUACAGCUCCAUCUCUACAGAAGAUGCUUCUAAGGGAACAAAUCGAGAUGGACGUAACAAAGGCGAUGAGGAGGCGUUGCGGCCGGCGCGCAAGUUCACAAAGUUCGUCGAUUACAAUAUGAGCGCCAUGACAGAUACGAAGGGUGGUUUCCUAUCGACGGAAGAUGAUCCGCAUAACUAUGCUCUGGGUGGCAAGAAGCCUGGACAGUCUGAGGAUGACCAGCGACCGAAGCACAUGAGCGUUCAGGAGUGGGAAAGAUUACAGCUGAUACGGAACUUGAAGAGGCUAAAGGCAGGUCCUUUUGAGCCUGGGUUGAGUGUGCUUGCGGACAACGAGACACGAAAGAAGUGCCAGGACUGCAAGAGCUUGGAGAUUGACUUUGUCUGGGAAGAAGUCUUCCAUAUCUGCGUUUGCAACAAGUGCAAGGAGAAAUAUCCAGAAAAGUAUUCGUUGUUGACCAAGACUGAGUGCAAGGAGGACUACCUACUUACAGACCCCGAGCUACGAGAUCCAGAAUUAUUACCACAUCUCUCAAAGCCAAACCCCCACAAAUCGCAUUGGCACGACAUGAUGCUCUUCCUUCGAUGUCAAGUGGAAGAAUACGCGAUCAAGACGAAGUGGGGGUCAUCAGAAGCUUUAGACGUUGAGUAUGAACGACGAGAGACACAGAAGAAAGCUCGCAAGGAAGCCAAGUUCAAAGAGAAGCUACUUGAUUUGAAGAAAAAGACAAGAACGGACGCUUUUCGCAGACAGGCUGGGAAUUUGAGCAAGUCUGGUGCAAGCAAGUUUGGAGAUGCAAUAGGAGGUGGGCGGCAUGUUCAUGAAUGGGGAAGAACGGUUGAGAAUGAGGAUGGGAUGACGGUCAAGACAUGUGUUGAUUGUGGUAUGGAAGUUGAGGAGCUAGAAUUUUGA